CCCGACUUAUAUUGCUAUAUAAGUAGACAAUAUCGUUAGUAUCAUCCAUUCGUUCCGUGAAAUUCUUUGAAAUUUCAACUCGUCCAAAUCAUAAUAAUUAGUUCGCAUUCGGGGCCUUUCGCAGCGUUAUUUUUUCGGAACAACACCAUUAUCCUAUAGAAUUAGAAUAUAACAUACAAAUAUACAUAUAUCCAGGGUACGAAAUGAAUAAACCACAAACAGUAGUUAUAUUUGGAAUUUUCCUGUGUAUAUUGAUAACCUUAUCACAUACCAGCGCAGCGCCAUAUUCUCCUGAUUAUGAUUCUGUUCGAGAUUUGUACGAAUUAUUAAUGGAAAAACAAUUACUGGCAGAUGCAUACGUUCAGCCAUCGCAUCGGCUCGUUCGUAAAAGUAAACAGCCGUCUCUGAGGUUACGAUUUGGACGUCGCAGUGAUCCCUCAAUGUAUCAGGUGAAUUCAAAUGAAGAACAGUUCCAGAGUUUACCGGAAGUUUCGGAGAACUGAAUUAAUUGUGUUUUUAUUAGUCUAGAGAAUAAAUGUUUUAUUUUGAAUAGAUUCCCUUAAUAUAUAAUCGCUUUUAAAUAAAAGCUUUCAAUAAAAAAAAAUGAUAGAUUGUUAAUAACAGUGUAGUAAUUUUUUCAUUGUUCAUUUUGUUCGAAUAUAUUUUAUUCAUUGAA